AUGAUGGAACUGCAGCGCAUAAGCAUCUUAUUUUGCACUUUGGCUGUGAGCGUCUCAAGACGAGCCCCAGAGAAUUUAAGUCAGGAGGCCUUGUGCACGUCUCAGUGUACUGGAUUCAGUGGACCGAAUCUCCCUGCGGGAUCCAGAUUCAGCUACCGAUAUUCAACUGCCACUCACACACUCCUUCAAGGAAGGGCGUACACAAAGAGUGGCACCUCCCUGGAAAGCACCGCUGUUGUCGAAGUGCUAGCCAAAUGCCACAGAGUUCUAAAACUGCGUGAUGUCCAGAUCAAGACGACUUUUGAAUCCGGAGAGAAGCUGAUCAAGGAAAAUGGCAGACUAAGGGAAGCCCUGGAGCAAUAUCCACUCUUGUUUUGUGUUCAUGACGGGAGGAUUCUGAAGAUCUUCCCCCAGGAGAGCGAACCGACAUGGGCGCUCAACAUCAAGCGAGGUAUCCUCAGUGUUCUGCAGACAUCAUCAACAACCGCUGGCAACAGCAGUGUGGAUGAGUCCCAGCAACAGCUCCUGUCAUCGAACCUUGAAUGUGUUCAGAGGUUUGACGAAACGAUCCUGGCAGAAGCCAAAUGUACCGAAUACCAUCUCAUUGCCCCUUUGGCAACCAAGGGCAGAGGCGGAGUGAAGACACAGACCCAGACAGCAAUGAAGCUCUUUCGGGUGGAAGUGGACUUUUCCUUUGAGAGAGUGGACACUAAGAACAUCUAUGAGAGCACCCUGCUGUAUGAACAAGAAAACACAGCAAGAUGGUCCAGAGAGGAGGAGGUGGCUGAAACUCUGCAGAGGCUGUGUAUGAAACCUAGUGUGAAUUCAGAGUCCACAGACCUCUUCAUGACGUUGGUCUUUGAGCUUCAGCAUCUCACUUCCGAUGCUUUAAUGAGCCUGUGGCGCAGAACUUCGAUCGAGUGCAAAGACAACUGGCAACCGCUCCUGGACGCUCUCCCCUCCUGUGCAACCGAAGCCUGUGUUGUCCUAAUGAAAGAGAUGAUUGUUUCUGGAGAAGUGGAAGAAGACAAAAUUGAAUCAUUCUUUUGGUCGCUCUCCUUCAUUCCUGAGCCCACAGCAGGCAUGAUUGAUGUACUGGCUUCUUUGCUCCAGUUACCAAGUGGAAGACAGAGCGCCUUUUUAGGAAUCUCUUCCCUGGUGCAUCACUUCUGCGCCGUGAGAAAUGACUGUGACCAGGAGCCUGCGGUGUGGGGAAUAAUGAAGAUUCUAGAAGGAUACUUGGGACGAACAUGUAUCGUGCACGAAUCAGAGGAGAAUCGCCAGGUGGAGCUCGUUUUAAGAGCAAUUGGAAAUGCAGGCCUGGCAGCCGCACGCCUGACCCCCGUCUUGAGUUCCUGCGCCCAGCUGAAAAGCAACCCUGUGGGGAUUCGACUGGCUGCUGUCGAAGCCUUCCGGCGCAUUCCUUGUGCGGCAAAUCGCACUGUAUUAGUCCACCUGUAUCAAACCUACAAUGAAGAUGUAGAAAUAAGAAUUGCUUCUUAUCUUAUGGCCAUGAACUGUCCAGGAGGCGAAUUAUUUAGCCAAAUUAAAUGGACUUUGCAGGAGGAGAAGUCUAGUCAAGUGGGUUCUUUUGUCUGGAGUCAUCUCUCUCAGCUCUUGGAGACCAAUGAUCCCCUGAAACAGCAUCUUAAGAAUGCCCUUCCUGAUGAGAUCCUUAGCAAAGAGUUUGAUGGGGAGACAUGGAAGUUUUCUUCCUAUUCGGACGUCACUUUACAUUCAGCAGCAGCAAGUGCAAAUGUGGAGGGCAGGCUCAUCUUUUCACCUGCAUCUUUUAUCCCAAGGACGAUAGCAACCAACUUGACCAUCCAUGUGCUGGGACGGGCUAUCAAUCUCUUGGAGCUUGUUGUAAGACUGGAGAACAUGGAAGAUGCUGUGCAGAAAUUCUUUGGCUUCCAUCCGGUCCAAAGCACUAAAGCAAGGCGUUCCCAACCGGAACCUCCCCUAGAGAUGACACGGAAGACCCAGCGGCAUAAGCGGGCAUCCAAGAGACACAGCCUUGGGAAUCAUCUCCCUUCUAAAGAGAGCAAGCCCAAGCUGAGAGGGGGAAGGCAGAGCUGCCCAAAUGGACACUACAGCGAGAUGAGUGAGUUAGUGAAAAAGUUCACCAAAAGAAUGGGAAAGAAGAAGAAACCGAAAUGUGUUCUGAGCAUAAGAAUAUUUGGGAACGAGCUCACCAUUGUGGACUGUGGAGAGCUAAGAAGUCAGGCGAAACGCUACUACCUGAACUUGGCAGAGCUAGUGGUCAAGCUGCUCAAGGGCCAAGAAGUCCAGUUUAAUAAAAGGCUGAGUCUGGGAAGGGAAGAGCUGCUGUUCCCAGCCAUCUCGGGACUGCCAGUCCUUCUGGCUCUAAACAUCUCGGCAGCAGUCAACGUGACCAUCAAAGGCAAUAUGGACUUCAAGCAACGGAACCAUUUCUUCAUCAACGGCUACAUCAAGCCAAGUGCUAACCUUCAGAUUUCUGCCCAGAUGGGAACGGUAGGCAUGCUGGGGACAAGUGGUUUGACCUGGGCCAGCGGAAUCAGGUCGUCAACUGGCCUUGAUGGAGGGAUCCAGGUGAAAAGGGGGAAAGAGUUUAAGGUCUUUUUGAAUACUCCUGAAGACUCUAUGGAAAUGGUGUAUUUCAGCUCCCAACUGUACGUAAUGACCGUGGAUGGAAGGGAACCUGUUGAUCAUUUCCCUGGCCAUGUCGAAAUGAAAUCAUGCACAAAUGAGGGAGUAUCCAAGAUGUUUGGCUGGCAGUUGUGCUCUGAGAUUUCUUACCCGAAUGAGGAUACUACUGGAUUUUUCAUCUUCCCAUUCCACGGACCAAUAAAAGUAGCCAUGACAUUGGCGAAGAAGGACAGGAGCUUACACCAAUACUUAUUGAAAGCAGCAUAUAAUUAUAUUUCUCAGAAAGGCUCUUGGAUCCCAAAUGAAGCGGGCUUCCAUUUCUUUAUUGGGACUCCACAAUCAGAACUCAAAAGAGAUGUUGCUGUUGACUUGUAUUUUAACAUCCCCCAGAAGACAUUCAGAAUUGAAUUUAUUCAGCCCAUGAAAAAAAUCCAGAUGAAUGGAAAAAUUGAAGCCUCAAGAAACUCACGUGUCGGACACUUGGAAAUGAUCCUAGAUGACAAAGAUGCCUAUUAUGUUAAGGUUAAAACAGAUCUGCAGACUGUAAGCGGAGAACAGAGAUACACAACCCAACUGGAAGCAAAGCUGCGAAAAAGUGGGAGUCCCAUCAUUCUUUCUGGAAACGUCACAAAGCAACCUGGCAAGAAAAUGGCACUUUCAAUAUCCUUGAUCAACUUACUGAAGGAUGCAGCUUUCCUUUCGGUCUGUUUGGAGAAAAAGAACGAGGAUAAGCUGAGGCAGUACUCAUUGGAAGGAGAAACCCACAUUCCGGGCGUUCUUGGGUCUCAUGUCAUUGGGCUUCUGCAACAACGAGGACAUCUAUGGUCAAAUGCCCUGAGAGUUAAAUAUGGAUUGUUUGGAGAUGCAAAAAACCUUCAGCAUGAAUGCAACAUGGGUCAGAUGUUAAAAGUGGGAAACGGCCCACAUGAUACCUACAGACUGGAUCUGGAACAUGAACUUUACUGCACUCAGAUUCUAGCAUAUAAUCAUAAGGUCAGUUUGCAUCACGAAGAAUCUGCACCUCAACUUUACUCCAAACUGGAGGUGAACUAUGGAAAACACUGGGAUGAAAUCAACAACAAAAGAAGAGUGUUGAUCAGCCAGACGUUUAAGAAUAAUUCUUACGCAUCUCUGGCAAGCUAUUUCAUGGAGUUUACAGUUCAAGUGCUUGAAAAGCAAGUGGAUUACAGGACUCAGUUCCAGCACACACAUUCCACAAUGAGUUACGUGGAAAGCAGCACCAGCUUUAAGGUGCAGUAUACCAACUAUAUGCCAUUUGUGGCCGAACUGCAGUGGAAGGAUAUGUCCAGGUAUCAUCUGAAGAAAUGGGAAGGCACCUUCAACAUGGACACACCCUGGCUGUAUCUGUACAUAGCUCACAAAUUACAGCAACCCCAGCGGUCUGCUUAUUUAUCUACUGUGGAGUUUACGACUGGGAAAGCCCUCAUUGUCAAAGGCCUGGUGGUGGAAAUCUUCUGUAAAAACAAAGAUAACGAAAAGGAAGCGCGGAUUCGGAUCCAUACGCCGACUACUACCUACCUGCGGCGAGGGGGGAAUGAAGAAAACACCCAGCCGAUAAUGAAGCUGGCUGGGAGUGGGGCUGACUGGAGCUCGGGAGAAGUGGAGAGGGACCACAAGACUCUGCCGGUUGUGCUACAGCUUCAGGCUCAGAUAGAAGAAGUGAGGAAGGAGAAGAUGCUGUACCAAAAAUGUGGGACCCUCCACUUCAGGCAUCCAUUUAAACUGCCCAUUCCACAAAGCUUCCUUCUCCAAGAAACCUUUACUGUGAACAAAAAGGAGAAGCAUUAUUUCUUGGAAACCAAAGUUUUGAUCAAUGGUCUGGAAGAGUCAGUUCAAACUCUCACGCUUGGUUAUGAGGCUGAAAAUCCACAUAUCUGUGCUGGGUUGACUCAUCCUUACAACAGCGAGAUUUUCCCGCAAAACGUAGACGCUUGCGCAACUACUCGGAAUCUCAGCAGUGCUAAAUGUGAGGUUGAAGCAACCUUGAAGAUCAAUAAGAAAGAUGUACUCAGCAUCCUAGGCAAGUACCAGAACAAAUCCAGUGGGGCCAGUUCCCAUCAUCUAGGACAGGUGGAGAUGACUCAUUCAUUCCAGGCCCAUGCUACUGCAAGCUGUUAUGGCAGGAAUGGUCUCAAUGGCUCCUUUUACCUUCGUUCCAGUGGAAAGGAUCUGGUCCUGCUGGAGACCAGUGUCAACAGAGAGGUGAAGAAGGAGGCCAGAGUCUUGGGAGUGAGCGUUGUUCUGAGACAGACAGUUCUGACACCGUUCAAAUAUCUGGGACUGCAGCUCAUGGGCAAAAUGUUGCCAUCAAGUGUUCAGCACAACAUCGAUGGCUUAAAGUGCAUCCUACCUCAGCACUUCUCCCUGAAUGGCUCUCUGAAGCGGAAGAAAAACAUCCAUGAAGGCAUUAUGAAGCUGAUCAUUGACCAGUCAGAGUACGGGCUGCAUCUCCGGAACAGGAACAUGUUUGGGAAUGCAAGCUUGCAUAACAUCAUUGUGGCGUUGACUCAGAAUGGAAGCCAAGCAUUCCCAUCCGAGGCAAAGCUGAGAGGACAGCUGGAGCUCCACAGAGGAAUCCAAAGGGGGGCGGCCAGCAUGCAAGUGGACACAGGAGCUCUCUGCAUUGAUAUCUCGAACGUCAUCAGUCAGGAGCAGAUGGGAGUAUCAGGCACACUCACACACAACAUCAGUGCUUUCCACAUGGCAGGGCUUCCUACAGAAAAUAGUAUCACAGCUGUAUACGGUCACCUCACCAACAACCACACAGUCGCUCUAAAACUGGAGGGAGGCAACCAAAGAAUUACUGCUGCAUUUGGAGUUGAGAAGCUGCAUUUACAAGCCCCGAGAGACCAUCUACGCGCAAGCUUCAACCACAACAUUGUAGAGCUGAAGAACCAUGGAAUUCCUUUCACUGUGGAAUGUGUCUGCUAUUACCAAGUUGCUGCUGUCCUGAAAGAUUUCAAGAAUGUAUCCAUGAAGGUUCAGUACGGUUCACACUGGAUCGAUUAUUCUACAAAAGAAGCAGAAGGAAAAGUUUUUAUCCAUAUGGAAAAUGAGGAAUUCCUUGUCUUGACAAAAUUAACAUUCACUGACACCAACCACACACAAGUUGUUCAGCUGAUGCACACAAUGCCUCAGUUAACAAUCCUCCCAAGGCAACUUGUACUCACAACAGCUUUCCAAAAAAGCAGAAGAACCCAGGUAUUAAGAGGCACUGCCUUAUGGGAUGGCAGGGAGGUAAAGUUCACAGGAGCUUACACUGGACUUUCCCCAAAAACAUCCAGAGGCCAUGACAUAAAAGUGGAGAUCCACCAUCCCCUCUCGAUCCCUUUGCCCUGGCAUUCCACACUCAAGGUGCAUGUCGAACAUUCCAUGCGCAGUCACAGGGAUGAGGUUGUCGUUGGCUGGGAUAGCAAGGAACAGAUAAUAGUGUCGUCUUCUCUCAAGAUUGGAAAAGAGCACGCAAAUUACCAUGCUGCCCUUUCCCAGCCUUUUAACUUCACUGUGAAGCAGAUUGAAGUCAGUUCCCUGACUGAAAGCAGAAGAGGCCUAUACAACCAGCAGCUCCAGAGCAUUCUGACAGUUGGAAGCCUUCAGGCCUGCGGAACCAUUGAGCAGACCCCUGUCUUGUUUAAUCAGCACCUAGAUAUGAAGUGGGAUGGGAAAAAAGUCAAGCAAAAUCUGACAUAUGAGAAAGGCAAGCCGUUGCCUCUGGAUAAAAUCCAGUGGGAAGCCCUUGCAGAGAACGUCUUCUUGACUUCAUGUUCCAGUCAACACAUUCUGGGGAAAGUAGAAAUGGACUACUCCACUUGGCUUAAUUAUUACACAAGCCUCCGACUCUGUGACCUCCCAAACGCAAUCACGCUCCUUGGAAAACAUCAGCUAAACAAAGGAGAUUUCCUCUGGCAAUCGGAAGGCAAAUUAAGCCUGGCUGAUGAUGAAGCCUCGAUUUCUGUAGCUCUAAGGAAUCAUAGCAACACCACAGUGAAGAACUAUGCGGCGGAAUUUGCUUUCAAAGCACCCAAAGCUGUUUCGUUAGACGUGACGGGAAGCCUGAUGUCAUCAGCUGCUCAAAGCGAGAUUGUGGUGGAGGGCAUCAUUGACCCCAAAGAGAAAGUGAAACUAAUAGCUUCCAAAGGAAAGGAGUGCGUUCAAUAUUACAUGGGAUAUUUAAAGGGGGAUUCAGAGGAUGGACUUGAACUCGCAGCUUGUACAGAUGGCCAGCAACAGGCUGCUCUUCAUGCCCACCUAGUCGUCAAUGGAGCAAUCCAAGAGGAAGUAGGGAAUUUAGUUCUGGAGGCCACAGACCAAAGCUUGAGCCUGAAGGCCCACGGCUGCGGAAAUCCUGUUAUUAAGAUUGAGUCCAAACUGAAUGAGAUUGCCUCCACCCUACAACACAGACUGCUGGCGAAGAACAAAACCUUGGAGGAAAGCAUUCGGGAUUUCAGAAAAUCGGUGCAGCACCUCGAGUUUCUGUGUGAGGCUGCAGGCUGGCCCUUGAAAGCGUGGCAGGAAAUAGCAGGACUCCUUCAAAGUGGCACAAAGGGAGUCGCACAGAUGUGGAAACAAAGUGGGCUCAAGCCAGUACUGCAGGACCAUCUCCCACUUUACCUGGGGAAACUUCAAGAUAUUGUACAACAGAUGCAGAAUGAGUUGCAAAAGCCAUUAACAACACUGAAGGAGGCCUACUAUGAUGUAACUUUGAAACCCUUGGAUGAAGUGUGGCAGCAGAAGACGGAAGAGUAUCUGAAGAAACUCCAAGCGUUCGUGCCCACCAUUGUUAAGGAUGUGUGGCUGAUGGAACCAAUCCAGGUUUCACUGAGGAUACUGAAAAUUGGCUUAGAUAUGGCGACACAGCAGAUGCUAAGCUGGGCAGAAGCCAAGCUCUCCAGAGCAGUGAGCAAGAUCCAGAAGCCAUUAUCAAACCUGUACAGUUUUUCAGCAAGAAACUGCUCUGUGGCUGUGAGGUUGCCCGUGCUGCCCAGAGGCGAGCCCACGCUGGACCUGGCCCAUGUGGCAAACUACCUCAUUGAAGAGAAGCUGUUGAAACCCCUUUGUGGCCUGUAUCGCAUCAACCCUGCCGCGGAAUAUUACAGAUUCAAACGGAUGAUGAUGGAGAGUCCAUUUGAGCAUCAUGCCUUGCUGAUAGGGAACAGGCAUCUGAGGACGUUUGAUGGGAAAAUGUACAGUCUCACCUCCCAAUGCAGUGUGCUUCUGGCCAAAGAUUUUGUUCAAGAUGCAUUCACCAUAAUAUUAAACCAUGACAGUAAUGGUGCUUCACUACAUAUAGAGAUGAAUGGUACAACUGUCAUCAUCCACCUAGAGAAGAAGAGCUACAAGAGGUACAACUAUUCCCUGAUUGAGAACUGCCAACGUUUCGACAUGCCUCCUGAAGCAAAUGACAUUGCUGUCAAAAGAGACCCAGAUCGCAUAGUGGUAUCUGGUGCCAAUGGAGUUCUGUUUUCAUGUGACUUGCGUUACGACCUCUGUACUUUUACUAUGGAUGGAUGGCAUCAUGGAGUUUCUGCUGGCCUGUUUGGUACCAACGACAAUGAAGCUGGCAAUGAAUGGAUACUUCCAGAUCAUUCUUAUGCUGAUAGCUUGCCGAUAUUCCUGCAUAGGUGGCAGGUGAGCAGCCAGUGCAGCCAGGUGAAGAAGACAGAAAAGCAGUGUCCCAGCAGAACUAGCACCCAAAUCUGUGAAACCUUUUUCCAAGAUUCCAAUUCUGUCUUUAGGAAUUGCUUUCAAGUAGUGGACCCUGACCCAUUCUACCACCUGUGCACAGUUGACAUGUGUGCACUACACCAUGUAAAACCAGCCUGCACCUUGGUGGCUGCAUUUGUGCACUUAUGCAAUAGAAACUUUGUUCCUUUAGAGAUGCCGCUUCAGUGUGUUUGA